AUGAUUACCUUGUCACGAAGCUUUGGCUCGUCUGCCAGGGAGAAGUUUCUCCAGAACUUGAACAAGGUACCCAAGCCUCAUCCAAGACUUAGCAAGUUGUCUUCUAGCAUGGCCGUUUUCAUCCCGCUAUACAAGGAGGGGAAUGAAGAAAGAGUUCUGCUCACUAAACGAUCUUCUCUCUUGAGAUCACAUAGAGGUGAAGUUUGUUUUCCAGGUGGCAAACAAGACAAAGGCGAAAGCUUAGAGCAGACUGCCUUACGAGAGACUCACGAAGAGAUUGGACUUGUUGACCAAGCCGUAGACGUUUGGGGAGAGCUCCAUCCGGUAGUGACGAAACAGCUCACGUCCUCAGUUACACCCAUUGUGGGCUCCAUAGAGAACCUAAGCGAACUACAGAACUUGAAAGUGAAUACAGAUGAAGUACAUGUUCUGUUCUCUGUGCCGGUCGAAGAGCUGUGUCACAGCGUUCGAUACACUCAGUUUAAAAACAAAAAAAUAAAAUACCGUCUUCCAGUUUUUGAGUCGGAUUCGUAUAAAAUUCUGUUUAAACAUCCUGACACUGCCUUCCAUGGUGACCUGAGGAUAUGGGGCCUAUCAGCUGUGAUUCUUCAUCAGCUACUUGUCACCUUAUAUCCGCAUUAUGCUCCAGAUUUAGAAAUAGCGUUUUAUUAG